GGUAUCAUUUUCAAAAGGCUAAUAUCUACACAUACAACAAGCUCCAACCGGCCGUACGGCUUUCGUUGGGAACGCACAAUCAUCUAUUGCGCCUGCCAGCUUGCCACUCAAUGACUCCAACACAAAUCAAAGGCCUGCUCAAGAUCCGCGCAGAUCACGUCCGGCGCCGUCAUAAAAUCCAAAAAGCCGUCCGUCACAAGCCCCGUGAGAAUUUAGUCGAAUCCCAGCCCAGAUCACCGCCGUCCAGCUCUUUGAUGUCAGGUAAUAACGGUACUGAGUAUGAGCUCUUCAACUUCUUCCCCGCUCUUCCAUCCUCCAACCCAUCUUCCUCAGCGGCCCCAUUGAGCGAGAACAUACUACUCUUCCGCUUGAACCAGCCCGACCUCCGCAUGCGAAGACUUUGCUGUCCGUCUUCCGAUGGCGCAGUGGUUGAGGAGACACUCGGGGUGAAGGGGCGGUGCAAGCCGCGACUCGUGGAGGGGCGAUUGUCCGUCGACGGCCGAGGCAGGGCGAGAGAAGUGCGGGAGCUGCUGAACGAGGAGCGCAGGUUGUUGAGACUGAGCAGGCGUCGCAUGCCCUUGGGCUUGUUUUGUACUUCCGGAGUUGUGGGCGCGGACAUCGUGUUGUGUGUGGGUUUCGGGGGGGUGGGUUUCGUUGGUGAAUCGUACUCGUCGACGUCGGAUUCGGGGUAUGCGCCGGGGAUCCUGCGCUCGGGGGUGCUGGGAUGCGAGUUCAGCGGGCCGCGUACCUGCUUUGCUGGUGAUGCUGGCGGCGAGUCUGGGGGUGGGGGGAUAUUGGUGCCGUCUGUGAGGGAGAUGUUGACGGGGCGGACGGUGAGGAGGAAGGGUUUGGAGGAGGAGGUUGUAGUAGUCGUGAGGGGCUUUGAAGUAGGUCGAGGCAUCGCUGCCUGUUCCCCGCAGUUUGACACCACCUGCGUGCGCCGUGGAAUGCGGAGACGGAAGGGCUGCUGCCGCGGGCUGCCUUGCGCAAAAGGUGAAACGAUUGGCGUUGCAGAAGCGGAGCGGUGCAAUGUGUCGGGCGAACCGUCGGGCCUAGAUGCAGUGUCGGCGGAGAGGAGGCGACGCAGGUGGAUGCGCGAGGGCGUUAAGCAUGCAAACGAAACGAUGACGAGGCGCGAGGGCGUGGUGGUGGGCUGCUUGAAUGGAUGCAGCUGGAUGUAGGGGUCAUGCAGUUGAAAGGAGGUGAUGCAGUGGAGGGUGAUGCAGCCUGCUGUACCUGCAGCUCAAGCACCGCAGUAGCGCCGGGCGUUUCCGGGUGGGCGGCGGGCUGUGAUUGAUUGAUUGCCUGAUUGAUUGAUUGAUUGAUUGAUGGGGAUGUUUGAUGGGUGGAAGAAAAUCAAGAAAG